AUGUUCUGGACAGCAGCACCGGUUCAAGGAUUAACGCCGCUUCACGUCGCCGCCUACAUUGACGACACCUGCCCCAAUAUGCUCGCACUUCUACAGAAGGGAGCCAACGCUAACGCACGAGACGACGACGGGCGUGGGUCCCUUCUCCUGGUGUGCAAUACCAAGGCGAGCUCGGUAGCUAUGGCCGACCUUCUUCUGAGAUGGGGCGCGGACGAGACGGCUGCCGACAACGAUGGCAACACCGCUGCAGACCUCGUGAAAAGCGGUGCCGAGCCCAAUAAGGGGCUGCAACGGCUAUUGGCGAACGUUCCGGCAGACAGGGCCUGGCGUCGGAGGAGUAUGGUGGUUAUGUUGUGUGCCCAGAGUGGAGACGCGGCAAUCGUGACCCUCUACUGA